AUGAAUCGACAGCGACAGGGUAGCUGUGCCUUUUUUCUACUGAGACGGUGCCAUUGUGGCGCCCACCACUGGUGCCGUCGUGGUGGCAGUCGUGUGUGCGUGGGCGUGAGACAUCUGGCCCGCGCCGUACUGCUGCUGCUGUUGGUGCUGGUGCUGGGGUUGUUGCUGUUGCUGCUGCUGGAGCCGCCACUGACUCAUGGUCUCCUCAAUCAUGCGCUGCUGCUGCUUGUUUGCGAUGCGCAGUGUCUCGCCCAUGGCGCGCAGCUCGUCGACGGCCAUCUGCACGACCAUGCUGGUUUCUGCGGAUGUUUCGCCGGCUGCUGUGGCGGCGUGGGGGUUGUGCUGCGAGUGCAGGCUGGUGUUGAGGAGGAGGUGCGGGUGCUGCUUCUGUUUUCUAGUGGCUGUUGUUGUUGUGGUGGUGGUGGUGGUGGUGGUGGCUGCGAUUGGAGACGGCGGGCUGCUGUGUGCGAUGGCAUCGCUGCUGUUGUGGUGGUGGUAGCUCUCUGGCGACGACGGCCCUGUCGAGUCGCUGCCGUGGGCAAUCUCGUUGACGGUGAUGGUCGUGAGGGACGGGCUGAGCUGCGUCGAUGCCGUCGAGGGGCCUGUGGUGUCUGCCUUGCCGGCCGCCGUGAUGGCGGCAUCCGGAUUGAACGAGAUGCUGGUCAUGGCGAUCUUGUUGUAGCUGAUGGCGAUCGCGCGAGGCCGGUAUGCGAGGGAUACUUUGCGCUUGUGGGCAAGGGGAUUGUGUCGUCGAGUGCUAGACCCGGGCUCGAUACUUUGGUUGGUGAUUGGCAAGUCAGUUUGCGUUUGCUGGCAAUGGGAGACACCCCCAUGGAAAAAGAAAAAGUCGGAAUUGUACCUGAGCAUAAUAUCAAGACGCGCGCAUCCAGAAUUGGGGUAGGCUAG